AACCCCGCCUCUUUAGAGCGCGCGGCGGCCGCGGCGCCCCCCGAUAGCGGCGGUGAUGGCGGCGGCGGGGCUGGCGCGGGUGCUGCGCCGGUCUGGGGGCAGAGCGCGAUGUUGCGGAGCGCUCCGGAGCCGUCCGACCCCCCUGCCGGCCGAGCCCCGCCGGGCCGCUGCGCACUUCGCUUUCGAGCCUGAUCCGGCACCCAGCGCUUACGGGCAAACUCAGAAGAUGAAUCUCUUCCAGUCCAUAACAAGUGCCUUGGAUAAUGCUUUAGCCAAAGAUCCAACUGCAGUAAUAUUUGGUGAAGAUGUGGCCUUUGGUGGAGUCUUCAGGUGUACAGUUGGCUUGCGAGACAAGUAUGGCAAAGACAGAGUUUUUAAUACGCCCUUGUGUGAGCAAGGAAUUGUUGGAUUUGGUAUUGGAGUUGCUGUUGCAGGUGCUACAGCCAUUGCAGAAAUUCAGUUUGCAGAUUACAUUUUUCCUGCAUUUGAUCAGAUCGUUAAUGAAGCAGCAAAGUAUCGUUACCGCUCCGGAGAUCUGUUUAACUGUGGAAACCUCACCAUCAGAGCCCCCUGGGGUUGUGUGGGACAUGGUGCGCUGUAUCACUCUCAAAGUCCAGAAGCUUUUUUUGCUCAUUGUCCAGGAAUAAAGAUUGUUAUUCCAAGGAGUCCUCUUCAGGCCAAAGGAUUGCUGCUGUCAUGCAUAGAGGAUAAAAAUCCAUGCAUAUUCUUUGAACCUAAAAUACUAUAUAGAGCUGCAGUGGAGCAAGUUCCUGUGGAGCCCUACAACAUUCCUCUGUCUCAAGCUGAGGUGCUGCGGCAAGGCAGUGAUGUGACACUGGUUGCUUGGGGCACACAGGUACACGUGAUCAAAGAAGUUGCAGUGAUGGCUCAGGAAAAGCUAGGAGUGUCCUGUGAAGUUAUUGAUCUGAGGACCAUCUUACCCUGGGAUACAGAGACUAUUUGCAAGUCAGUAGUGAAGACCGGGCGGUUGCUGAUUAGCCAUGAGGCUCCCUUGACAGGAGGAUUUGCGUCUGAAAUCAGUUCCACAGUUCAGGAGGAAUGCUUUUUGCAUUUAGAGGCUCCUAUUUCAAGAGUCUGUGGCUAUGACACUCCUUUCCCUCACAUCUUUGAGCCUUUCUACAUCCCAGACAAAUGGAAAUGCUAUGAUGCCCUUCGAAAAAUGAUUAACUACUGAGCAGUAACACAGGAUGACUUUUUGCAUUUCACCAUCUUUGUUUCCCACGGUAGCUGAAAAUUGAAUUUCUGUAUGCAAAAUGGGAAAUCUACUACAUAGGCAGCAUCUCCAAAAAAUAAUAUAGUUCCCCAUACAACGUGUCUCCACAAAUCACCCAUUAUUGACAUCCUAUAGCAUUUCUUAGUAGAAUUUUGUAAACCCUUUUGUAGAGUAUGCUGUCUUUUGCAGAACAGUUAUUCUUGCCUUUUAUCUGCGUUUAAUGUAUUUAACCUGUGUUGACAGUGCCUCACUUACAGAUAGUUGCUUAUCUUGAGGUUGACAUUGCAUACAUUACAUAUUGUUUUCUUGCUCAAAGAUAGAGUUUGAGAGUGCAUACUGUAUAGCUGCCAGUGACAGAGGCAAAAGCAAAAUCUGUAUCUUUCAGCAGUCUCUUAGUUAUUAAGAUUUAUAGCUAGGUUAGGUAUAAGACAAAUAGCUUCAAGGUAGGCAUCUAGGUUCCAGACAACUCUUUGUAGCUGGGAAAAAAGAUAAAGAGAGAAGAGGCGGUGAGAUUAAGAUGGUUGUACUGUUUCUGGGUACUGGUGUCUGCCACUCAUUUGGGAAAGCAAAAAAGAAGAGAAGAAAGAGAAGAAGAAACAGAGGAAAGCAGACAACAAAGUGUAUAAAACACACUCUUGAACACAAAUAUAUUGAGGGGAGCUGUAGAAAAUUGCCAAGUGGUUUUCUUUUACCUUUGCAGCUUUAUCUACCAUGUUUGUGUGCUCUGGUUUAUUUUUAAAUGGAUUCUAUAGCUGUUAACAGAUGACCUUCCUAAGAGUUUGUGCGCUUAUGUAAGGUGAUAAUGUUUCCAUUACAAAUUUAGCCUCUAAAAUUAUCAAGUUAUCACACUGUUAACUUCAUUAUGGAGGUUUUUUCAUUGUUGUUUUGUUGUGUUACAAAGUUUAAGCAUGGUUAUUAAAGGUUUAAAGAUGCUGUGAAUGAAGGAAGGUGUUUUGCAUUUAUUUUGCUUUUCGAGCACAUGUUUGAGGUGUUGUCAGCACCAAAUGUCUUUUGCUGAGAACCAGUGCUACAGCUGGGAGAGGCUUGCAAGUGGCAGCAAUACUUGUCCUUUCUCAGCCACUAACUUGUGCUGGGAAACAGCAAGAGACCUGUGAGAUAGAUAGUUUAGUACCUGUUCUCUGCAGAUAAUUAUUAUUACCCCUGUUCUUAGGCAGUACCUCAUAAAUGUUGAAGCACAGAAAAAUUAUCACUCUUAUCCCCAUUUGUUGAAUAAAAUGAAGAGACUGGACAAUACAUACAUACAUAAUUAACUUGAGACUAAUAACCAGUUCUUUUUCAACACAGAAUCCCAAAUGUUGUAGGCUAGACAGCCUGCCUCUCGUACUACACUGUCUGUAAUCCAUAGGAUAAACAUCCUCCACAGGCUUGAAUAGAUCACAGCAUUUCUGACUGAUUAUGU